AUGAAGGAGGAAAGGCGUGCUUGGGGGCGAACGAGCGAAAGCUCCCGCCCUAGAGCUGGCAUUCGCCUUGCCACACCGUCUUCUGCCUUUCUUGCACUUUCGCUUCUUGUUGUUGGUGCGAUUGUGUCGUCGAACAUCCUGGAGAGCUGGGCUCGUGGUUACCUACGCUACCUCGUAUAG